AUGGCCCCCGGCAUCCUAGACCCCCCUGGCAUCGCGACUGCCGAAUCACGGCCCUCGAAAAAGCUCAAGACGUGUGCAGUGGCAACAGCCGACACUGACGAUGAGGAUGUCGCCGUCGCCGCCACUGCAGUCCCCUCGCAUCCCUUGGGCAUCAAGCCGGCCGGCAACGCCUACACUGCCCGCGAGAACAUCAAGUCAAACUGCGGCCUCUUUGCCAGCUUACCCGAUGAGCUACUGAGCCACAUCCUUGAGUCAUUCGAUGCUGAUGUCCUGGUACGCCUGGGCAGUACCUGCCGUGCCCUCUAUGCUUACACCAGACUGGACGAGUUGUGGAGAGCCUUAUUCGUCAAUUCUCCGGCCGACGACUUCGAAUGGCGCGGAACUUGGCGAGCGACAUAUCUCAAGAUCCCUAAGGAGCAUGUCACCUCCAUUCCCUGCAAAAAUCUCUUCUCAGACACUCUCUACCGCCCGUUCCAAUGUGCACAUACCCCUCUCAAUCUCUAUGCACUCAACAUUCCAAAGCAAAACGAGAUAGCUCGGCUGUCAGAUCUGACCUACGAAGAGUAUGCAGAAGCUUGGGUAAACAAACCCUUCAUCCUCACCACACCUGUCAAGCAAUGGCCCGUGUACGGUACCUGGACACCAGAGUACCUGGUCGAGAAAUUCCCAGAAACAAAGUUUAGAGCUGAAGCAGUCGACUGGCCAAUGAAAAAGUACAUGUCAUAUAUGCACGACAACGCUGACGAAUCGCCCUUGUACCUUUUCGAUCGCGCAUUUGCAGACAAGACUGGCAUCGACAUAUCAGCACCACCCCACUCCAAAGAAGCAGCAUACUGGAGUCCCACAUGUUUUGGCGACGACCUCUUUGGCGUUCUAGGCGAACACCGCCCAGACUGCCGCUGGAUGAUUAUGGGCCCGAAGCGCAGUGGCUCGACAUUCCACAAAGACCCCAAUGCUACAUCAGCAUGGAAUGCCGUUCUCACAGGUAGCAAAUAUUGGCUCAUGUUCCCCGCUGGCCCAGGCAUUGAACCGCCCCCAGGCGUCAUUGUUUCAGAAGACCAGUCCGAGGUUACUUCCCCACUAAGCAUUGCAGAGUAUAUGCUAACCUUUCACGAACUCGCCCGCCAAACUCCAGGCUGCAAAGAGGGUAUUUGCUAUGCCGGCGAAGUCUUGCAUGUGCCCUCUGGAUGGUUCCACCUGGUGCUCAACCUCGAAGAUAGUCUUGCGUUGACGCAGAACUUUGUCCCAAGGAAGAAGCUACCUGAUGUCUUGGGCUUUCUCCGCGACCAAAAGGCAGAAGUCAGUGGUUUCAAAGAGGACGUCUGCGAUAGGGCUUAUGAGCUUUUUGUAGAAAGGCUGGGUGAGCAGCAUCCCGAUUUGCUCGAGGAAGGUCUUGCAGAGUUGGAGAAGAUGAAGACGAAGAGUAGAGGGAAAUGGGAGCAGCUAACAAAGGGGGAUGGUGAAGCGGAAGAAAGUGGAGGCUUCAGCUUUGGCUUUGGCUUUGGCGGAGAUGAUGAUGAUGCUGAUAUCCCGUGA